ACUUUCCACGUUCCUUUCCUUCCUAUUCCAGUCACUCAUUUCAAGCAAACUUGACAGCCAAUGGUUACCCAUUCGUUCAUCGCUUCUCUUGCCACUCCUUCCAAGAGUCGUGGUCGGAAUGUUGGCACUCAUCCCUUUCUCGUGGUUGAGUGCCAUCUUGCUGUUGACCUUCCUAUCACAUACUCAAGCCGCCCGAAAGUAUGAUCGACGAAGUGACCUUCAAGAAGUCCCGCCAAUCAACCUUACCACUGCGGGCUGGAUUGUGCCACUUCAAGGAAGUGAGACUUGUGACGGUAUUGUCGGGAAAUCAGAAUGCACAGAUGCUCUCACUGCUCCUGCUGCGGACAAGCAUCUUCAAUAUCUGGCCAUCGCUCGAGGAUUUUACUUCUACAACUGUAGCGCUCCUGACACCUCUCCUGUUUUCGAAUAUCAAUCUACACAGUUGUACAAUGCUGCGCCCCUCCUGGCCCCAUCAAUGGUUGAAGAAACAUUCCAUGCGCUCAUUCCACAACUGUAUGACUACGACUAUGCGCAACUCGACAACUCUACACUUGAAUGCAUGGGGACAAUCGGGACAGACAAUAACACCGCCAUUGUCACUUUGUUUGACAUCGCCACUUUCGAGGCAAUACCGGUAGAUUCUGUGCUGGCUCCGAAUGACCCAAAGGAAAAUGGUCGGUGGGCACAUUCCAUCAGUCCUGGCAAGUCUUGGGAAGUCUAUCGUGUUGAAGUGGUUGGCGGAAGUCCACCUGUUUGCGGGCGGGAGGUUGCGAGCUACGAAAGAGAAUAUGCAGCAGAGUACUGGUUUUUCCAUUCCGAUGGAGAGGAUCUAUGGACCAACAUCACUCAAUCGAAUGUCGGUGCCAGCGCCAAAGCAUUCGUAUGAAUCUGAGGGGAUAUUGUGGCAUGUGAGAGUGAGAGAAUGAUGAAGGGAGAGGUGAUCAUACAGAAUGCAUUGAUGUCUAUGGAAGAUCGACGGCAUUUGGGAUGGAACAAGGUCGAUCUUGCGGGAAACGAUUAAAGAUACGGGAGAGCAAGAUGGUUUUUUCUUGACCUCAAAUGUAAAGGC